ACCAGACACUAGCUUCAGCGUGUGAAUAGGCUCGGUUCUACCAUUGAACCGCUGGUCAUUUAAAAAGCUCUAAUUUUCCUUGAAAUCCUUUUCUCUCAUUCAUCCAUUUCUCUACAAUCAUGCCUAAAUCAUAUGUCGUUGGUGUCGGUAUGACACAGUUCCUAAAGCCCCGUGGUUUGGUCGAUUACCCCGAAAUGGGUUUGGAAGCCGCCACAAAGGCAUUGUUAGAUGCUGGCAUCUCUUAUGAUCAAGUUGAAUAUGCUUUCACUGGUUACGUCUACGGUGACAGCACCGCUGGUCAACGUGUAUUAUAUCAAUUGGGCAUGACCCAAAUCCCUGUUAUUAAUGUGAAUAACAACUGCUCAACUGGAUCAACUGCUUUGUAUCAGGCCCGUCUCCUUGUUGAGAGUGGUGUCGUCGACUGCGCUAUGGCCCUCGGCUUUGAGCGCAUGGAGCGCGGUUCUUUAGGCUCAAAGUUCACCGAUCGCACCAACCCUCUUGACCACGUUAUGGGUGUCAUGGCAGAAAACCGCGGUUUUGAACCUACUGCCCCUGGCGCUGCUCAGAUCUUUGGUAACGCUGGUAUUGAAUAUAUGGAAAAGUACGGUGCCACCGCCACUCACCUUGCCAAGAUCGCUGAGAAGAACCACAGACACAGCGCUCUCAACCCAUACUCUCAAUUCCGAGAUGUCUAUACCUUGGAACAAGUUCUUAAUGCUCCCAAGGUGUUUGGACCUUUGACCAAGUUGCAAUGCUGCCCUACUUCCGAUGGUGCUGGCUGUGCUAUCGUUGCUUCAGAAAAGUUCGUCAAGAAGCAUGGUCUUAUGGAUCAAGCCAUUGAAAUUGUUGCUCAAGAAAUGGCCACUGACUCUCCAAAGAUGCUUAGCACUAGUGCCAUCGAGUGGGCCGGUGCUGAUAUGACCAGACGUGCUGCGCAACAGCUUUUCAAGAAGGCUGGUGUUACUCCCAACGAUGUUCAAGUUGUUGAACUUCAUGACUGUUUCUCUGCCAAUGAACUCGUCACUUAUGAUGCUCUUGGUUUGACCCCUCCUGGAAAGGCACAUUCCAUUAUCGAUUCCGGAGACAAUACCUAUGGUGGCAAGUUUGUCAUCAAUCCCUCUGGAGGUUUGAUUUCCAAGGGACAUCCUCUCGGUGCUACUGGUUUGGCUCAAUGCUCCGAACUUGUCUGGCAACUCCGUAACUGGGCUGGUGAGCGUCAAGUCCCUAACGUCAAGUACGCAUUGCAACACAACGUUGGUCUUGGUGGUGCUGUCGUUAUCACCUUGUAUAAGAAGGCCAACAAUGCGAAAUCCGAACCUCGUGUUGGUUACAACCCUGCUGUUGAAGCUCGUAAUGUCACCGAUGAGGAAGUCCAAAAGGCAUCUGCCAAGGUCAACCAGCGAUCUGAGAUUCUCUCUGCCAGACUUUAGGAAGGCCAGAAGUGUUCAUUGUUUACCUAUUGACUGGAGUAUUUAAAUAAACGCAUAUCUGUCUACCUUUUGUAAAUUUCAACUUGGUCAUGCGUGAUAGCGCACCGUAUGUCAGACGACUUUAUCAAACACUUCCUUUGCCUCAAUAAGUCUG